AUGCCCGCUGAUGAAUACCCAGGCGGUGGUCGUCGUGCUCGAUAUAAAAACCCCGAUACCAAAUUGUGGCUGGAACGCUGUGCAGAGCAGGGUUACACCGUACCGGCCUGGCCCAAGGCUGUGGGUGGCGCGGGUUUAAACAAGGACCAGGUUGUGGUCUGGCAGGAAGAAAUGCGGCGCAUCAAUGCGCGCCCGCCUCUGGUUGGCAUGGGCAUCAGUAUGAUUGGCCCGGCGUUGUUGGAAUAUGGCACCGAAGCUCAGCAGCAGGAACACCUGCCGAAAAUUGCCAGCGGUUCAAUCUGGUGGUGUCAGGGCUACAGUGAGCCAGGAUCAGGCUCAGAUCUCGCCAGCCUGCGCACCUCGGCGGUGGAAGACGGCGACGAUUACAUCAUCAACGGCCAGAAGAUCUGGACCUCUGGCGCGGACAAUGCCGACUGGAUGUUCUGUCUGGUGCGUACCGACCCUGAUGCGCCUAAACACGAAGGCAUCAGUUUCAUUCUGUUUGAUAUGACCACGCCGGGUAUCACGGUGAAACCCAUCAAACUGAUCAGUGGUCUGUCACCGUUCUGCGAAACUUUUCUGGAUAACGUGCGGGUACCAAAGUCCAACCUCGUGCACGAACUGAACAAAGGCUGGACCGUGGGCAAGCGACUGCUGCAGUACGAACGUGCCUCGAUCGGUGGCAUUGGCGGUGGUCAGAAGGUCCGCUCCAUUGAAGACUAUGCCAGUGAAUAUGUUGGUCUUGAUGCGUCCGGCAGGAUUGCCGACCCAGUCCUGCGUGGCAGCAUCCUCAAGCACCGCAUGAAUGACCGGGCAUUUGCUUUAACAACCAAACGCAGCAUGCAGGAGUCUGCCACCGGCAAAGCACCCGGCGCGGUCUCGUCCAUGUUCAAGUAUUACGGUACCGAGCAGAAUAUAGGCAAAUACGAAUUGCUGCUGUCGGCGCUGGGUACCCAGGCAAUGGGUUGGGCGGGUGACGAUUUCACAGAAGAUGAACUGACCACAACCCGGGCCUGGUUGCGAUCCAAAGCUAACUCAAUUGAGGGUGGCACAUCGGAAGUACAGGGGAGAGGGGAGAUGAUGAGAAUCUUAAUGGCAGCGAUGCUGCUUGUUUGGGGUGCAGCGGUUUUUGCUCACGAUGAAGUAGCCGAGCGUGGCGAUGGCCCCAUGAAUCUUGACGAGCUGAUGGCGGCUUUCGGUUGGGACUUUGAAGCGGCACAGAUCCGCACGGAAAAAGUUGCUGACGGUCUUUAUGUUCUGUUUGGUGUCGGUGGCAAUAUCGGCGUCAGUAUCGGCGCACAGGGUGUGCUGCUGGUAGACGAUCAGUUUCCUCAGAUGAUGCCAAAAAUCAGCGAAGCCAUUCGUGAAAUUGGCGGCGGCGGGGUAGAUUUUGCGAUCAAUACUCACUGGCACUUCGACCACGCUGAAGGCAAUCUGGCGCUGGGGCCUGGUGGCACGUGGCUGGUGAGUCAGGCCAAUUCCCGCGAGAUGAUGCUCGAUGAUCACGUCAUCAACCUGGUUGCCGUGCAGUACGAACAGAAGGCUUAUCCUAAAGCUGCCCUGCCGGUGAUCACCUAUGACGACACCAUGCAGUUCCACUUCAAUGAUCAGGAAAUUGAGCUGCUGCACUUCGGCCCCGCUCAUACCACAGGUGAUACGGCGAUCAUUUUCCGGGGCAGCAACGCGGUGCAUCUGGGUGAUGUGUUUAAUCGCUCCGGUUACCCUUUCAUUGAUGCCGAUAAUGGCGGCGACCUGCGCGGUAUGAUUAAUUUCUGCCAGUCUGUGCUGGACGCAAUUGAUGAAAACACCAUUGUUAUUCCCGGUCACGGUGAAGUGUCGGACUAUGCCGGCGGGUAA